CACAGAGAUAGGAAGGAGGACGCCGCCGGCGUGGGAGUUCGCGCACGCGUAGUAGCAGAUUGAGGGUUAACAAAAAAAAAGGAAAGAAAGCCAUACGUAGUUCCUCCACAAGAGCACGUCACAGAUGCCAUUCGGUUGGGCUUGCUAUUAAUGUUUUGCAAUGCCUGCUCAGACGAUAACGGGACAGAAGUGAGCUACUCUUGCAACCCGUUUCCUUUCCUUGUGAAAUUGGCUCGAGAGAAAAGAAGAAGAUGUUUCAUGUGGUCUGGAAUCGGCAUCUAAAGCUAAUGAGUCGCAUCAUGGUUUCUGAUUUGUAUUUAAAGUUGAUUUUUUCAAGAAGCUUUGCCCUUGCACGGACACCAUGGAUGUCUAGGCAUUCUAUUGUCGGGGACAAGAAUAUUGUCCUGAUGGGACCCCCUGGCGCUGGUAAAACAACAGUGGGGAAAAUAGUAGGGCAGAAACUAGGCUCCUGCUUCAUAGAUGUGGACGACGACGUCCUUGAAACAACCUGGAACAUGAGUGUGGCAGAAAAAUUGAAGGAUGUUGGCAACGAGCAAUUUUUAGAAGAGGAAGGAAAAGCCUUGUUAAAUCUUUCAGCAUCUGGAAGUGUCGUUUCCCUUACUGGCUCCAACCCAAUGAAUGCUGCCAGCAUGGAGCAUGUGAAGAAAAAUGGGGUUGUGGUCUAUCUGGACGUACCGACACAAAGCAUCAUGGAUCGGUUGCAGUUGAUGAAAGUAGACCGUAUUGUGGGGCAGGGGCCCGGAACCUCCCUGAGAGACAUCCUCCAGUUUCGGAAGCAGUUUUAUAAGAAGUGGUACGAUGUCCGUGUGCUUUGUGAGGAUGGAAUUACAGCCGACGCUGUAGCAGAGAAAGUGCUUCGUGCAGUGAAGCGGUACCAAGACUCUGACUCAGAUGGCUUCAUUUCCACCAGGAGUCUAAGAUGCAACGAGAAGGUUGAGCCAAAAGGCUCUGUGAAAUAUUUCAGCGAUGUUCUUGUUGAGGGACUGGCGCCCGAUGGUGGGCUUUUUGUCCCUGAGAUGGGGCUUCCAAUACUCACUGCAGGAGAAUGGCAACAUCUACUAGGGGCAAGCUAUGCCGAAAGAGCUCAGGUUAUACUGGAAAGGUGCAUACAUCCUGCUGAUGUGCCUGCUUCCAAGUUAUGGGAAAUAGUUCAGGUUGCCUAUGGACAAAAUUUUACCUGUUCUAAAGUUGCCCCCGUUAGGCACCUGGCAGGCAACCAGUUUCUUCUGGAGUUGUUUCAUGGACCAACAGCUUCAUUUAAGGAUUUGUCGUUGCAGUUGAUGCCCCACCUGUUUGCAUAUUGCAUCCCCCAAAGCUGUAACUAUUUGAUCUUGGUAGCUACUUCUGGCGACACAGGAAGUGCCGUCCUGGAUGGUUUUAGUCGGCUUAAGGAGACGGAUAAACAAAGGAUUGCCAUGGUCACCCUCUUCCCCCAGGAUGGAGUUAGCCAGAUUCAGAAAUCACAGAUGGUCGGCUACCAGGAAGCAAACACAAAAGUAAUAGGUGUCAGAUCGGAUUUUGAUUUUUGCCAGUCUGCCAUCAAGCAUAUGUUUACCGAUUCAGAUUUUACCGGCUUUCUCACUGUGGAAUAUGGGACAGCGUUAAGUGCAGCAAAUUCUAUCAACUGGGCUCGCUUGCUUCCCCAGGUGGUCUAUCAUGCCUCUGCCUACCUUGACCUUGUUGAGCAGGGCAUCAUUUCCUUUGGGAACCCUGUCGAUGUCUGCAUUCCCACAGGGAACUUUGGCAACAUCCUAGCCGCUAAGUAUGCACAAAUGAUGGGGAUCCCUAUACGGAAAUGUAUCUGUGCUUCCAAUCAAAACAAUGUCUUGACGGAAUUCAUAAAAACAGGCCUGUACAAUAUAAAGGAGAGGCAAUUAAUGCAAAGUCUGUCACCGGCAGUGGACAUUUUGAAGUCUUCCAACCUUGAGCGACAUUUGCACUUGAUUGCUAAUGGUGAUGGGCAGCUGGUGACGCAACUGUUUAGCAGUCUGGAGAAUCAGCGCUGCUUCCAGUUGCAGGAACACUUCCUGGGCAGGCUUCAGCAGGACUUGGUGGCUGAUUGGUGCUCUGAGGACGACUGCCUGGGUGCCAUUCGCUCUGUGUUCGACGCCACAGGCUACAUUUUAGAUACGCACACAGCUCUCGCAAAGGUGGUUGCAGAUCGACUGCAAGAUAAAACUUGCCCAGUGAUCAUUUCCUCUACGGCCCAUUAUUCCAAAUUUGCACCUGCUGUCCUACAGGCAUUGAGGAUUGGAGAAAUCAAGCAGACUCCGUUAAGUCAGCUUCACUUGUUAAACUCUUAUAACCCUUUGCCUCCGGUCCACAGGGGCCUAUUAGAGUCUCUGAAAAAGAACGAGAAACAGCAGUACCAGGUCUGUGCUGCUGAUAUGAACGUCCUCAUGGAACACGUUGAAUCCUUAAUACAAAACCACUUCAUGAAGGUUUUCUAACUGUAGGCUUAUUUGACAUUUGCCUCCUAUGGCACUUUGAAUAUUUCCCCUCCUCCUCCCCACCCAUUUGCCCAAAAGCUUGUUUUAAUAAAUGCUUAGUAAACACAGUAGCCACCUUUUAGUGAUUAUAUACUGCCAGAUAUUUAGAUGCAUGCGCACUGAAUGCAGUGUAAGAAACAAAACAAGUAUUGUUGAAAAAUAAUAAUGCCAUAUUCCCAAAGGUGAGAUCAUUGUUUGGAAGAGGAAAAUAGAAAAGGUUAGCAUAUGGUUCCCAGGGAAGUCGUGGAUGCUCAGUAUUGCUCACAUGGUCUUGCAGCAAUUCUCCAGGGUUUUUCUCUGCCCUGUCAUAGAAUUGUAGGGUUGGAAGGGGCCACAAGGGUCAUCUAGUCCAACCCCCUGCAAUGCAGGAAUCUUUCACCCGAUGGGGGGCUCGAACCCAUGACCCUGGGAUUAAGAGUCUCAUGCUAUACCGACUGAGCUAAUG